CCGCGCACAUCUGCUGUUGUUGUGGAACAGCUGAUUUCUGGGUGCGGGGGACCCUGCAUAGGGAGAUAAGCAGAUCGCUAUAAAAAAAUUACCUGUCCAAAAUUCUUUGAAGGACCUUGCAUUACUGACAAGACUUCAUUGAUAAUCUUUGCCAGACGGAAGAGCUCUAUCAUCAGGCCCUUAAACAGGCUGUUUGAUAAGAAAAAUGGAGGAGACUUCUCUUUCUCACCCUGUGCUCGAUGUUCACUUUCUGAAUGUGGCUCGAACCUAUAUCCCAAACACAAAACUGGAGUGCCGUUAUACUCUGCCCUUUGGCAUGAAAGGUUCAACUAGUGACUGGAUUGGCAUUUUUAAAGUAGGAGCUCCCUCUGUGCGUGAUUAUGACACAUUUGUUUGGACAGUGCCUCCUGAGAACUGUGGAGAAAGUUUGGCAUCUCAGUGCAGUGUGCAGUUUCAAGCAUAUUAUCUUCCACGGCCUGGGGAUCAGCAGUACCAUUUUCGUUACGUGGAUCGGCAUGGUACUGUGAGAGGACACAGUGAAGCCUUUGUUUUUAGUGAGCCGUUACCUAUGGAGGAUAUGGUUACUUUGGAAGAUGAAGAAGCUUCUCUGGACAUGCUUUUAGUUAUUCCCAAAGCCACUUUCCUACAGAAUCAGUUGGAACUGUCCCAACAGGAGAAAAAUGAUCUGAUGAGGGUUAGGCUUCAACUGGAGGAAGAUGUGAGCACUCUGCAAAAAGCAGUCAAACAUCUUGAGGCCACAUUGGAAUCUUCAGAUAAGAAACAUGCAACUCUCAGCCAGCAAUACCAGGAUCUAACAGUGAAAGAACAGUCUGUGAGAGAGGAAAAAGAUAUUCUGAGCAAGAAGAACACAGAGCACCAUGAGCGAACUCUUCAAUUAGAAGGGGACAUCCAAAGUAUGAGACAGACGAUUCUGGAAAAAGACAAAGAGCAUAACAUGUUGAAAAUCAGAAAUUCAUGUUUAGAGUCUGAGAGGGAUAAGAUUAAGCUACUACUUACAGAAUCAGCAUCAGAGAAGGAUCACUACCAGCUGCAGGUGGAUACACUGCGUGAGAAGCUCCGCUGUACUCAGGAUAUACUUGCAUCAAGCCAGCAAAAGGUGAUGCUGCUUGGAGAGGAACUAGCAACAGUCUCCUCCAUACGGGAUCGCACAAUUUCUGACCUUCACAAAAGCCGCCUUGAAACUGCUGAUAUUUCUAUCAAAAUCUCUGACCUAAGCCUGAAGUUCAAGGAAGGGAUGGGCCAGUGGUGGCAAGAAAAAACUGCCCUGAACCACAGCAUGGAGGCAAAGAGGGAUCAGAUUGUUAAUUUGAGAGCAGAAAAACUAAGCUUGGAAAACAGCCUACAGGAUGAGAGGAGCCAGAGGCAAUUACUGCAGCGCAAGCUAAGCCAAGAACAGGAUGCCAGACAGGUACAGCUAUCAGAAAGCCGAAGAGAGUUAAGUGAGUUGAAAUCUGCUCUGAAAGUUGCCCAGAUAGAGAAGGAGCAGCUGAGAGAGGAGCGAAAGGAGUUGCUGCUGUAUGUACAUAGGCUUGAGGAGCGUCUAGACAAGCUAGCUGAUGACAAGUGGAAAGAAAACCAAAUGUUUGAGGAAGAAAAAACAGCAGGCUUAAGUCCUCCUAGCUCUCCAAUCAAUCUUCCAGAGUCAGAUGAUGAGACCACUGCUGAUAAGGGCAUGCUUCAAAAGCUUGGCUCUUACACACUAAACGAGGAACAGCAGUCCAUGGACUUACUAACUAUUGCACCUCAGAAGGUUGUAAUAAACCAGCCUGCACCAAUUGCAUGUCAACUACAACCACUGCCCGAGGACAGCAGCUCUGAUUCGUGGUAAAGCUGUUGACUCCCAUUUUAAUGAAAGACAAGCCAGCAGAGGCUGGAGGAAGAAUGACCUAAUGUGUAAAGGUUGAUUCUCUCUAAAGUCGAAGAAAGACGCACUUAAGAGACACGGUGACUUGCAUCACAGCUUACAGCGCUUUCACAUUGGAAUUUCAGUAGCUCAGACUUUUAGCAAUAUGGAAAACUUUUCAGUAUCUAAUGAGCGGCUUCUGAGUAAGCUUUGAAAAUUACAUAUGUCCUUGAAUUUUGGGCAAGUAUAGCAUCACUUCACCCAUCCGUUUUUUCUAUCUGUCUUGACCCAGUUUUAUAGCCUUAUGGUCUGGUUUGCAUCUACCAUCAUUGGCUAACUACAUUACUAUUGCUAGGGAUUUAUGUUAAUCCACUAACAACUAGCUAACCAUUUUUUUCUGCAGCUACCUGAUACUAUGACAUAGGCAUUUAUUUAGAUUCUGGGGGGUAUCAAUCAGCUAUAACCUGUGUAUUUACCAAUAGGACAACCUUAUACAUGAGCUUUCCGUCAGUGGUGUCUACCAACUGAGAACAUGGAGACUGUUUUGUUUAUAGGGUAAAUUUAUAUUACUUGAGUGUUUGCCUUCUAAUCAACAUCUGGGGUUAGCUUUCCUCUCAUUCUAAUCACACACAUACUAUGCAAACCCGCAUAUCAUUUGCAGUAUUUCAUUGUAUCUGAGUCAGUAAGACCACUAUUGUGAACAAACAGGCACUGAGCGCAAGCUGACACUUUUAAAGCACUUUCUGUUCUAGGAGCAAUACAAGUUCUCACUGGUUAAAAGAGAAAAUGUUACAUUUUCUUCUUAUUAUUAUUUCUUAUUAUUUUGCUGAGCGCAUUUUAUAAAUAUGGCCUGGCCUAGCUGUGUAAAACUGCGUCAACUUGCUGAGACAUAAAUAUGCUGGGGAACAUUAUAGCUCAUAAGUCAUUGAGAAAAUAUUAUUUGUAAAAAAAAACAAUUACAGGAUUUCACAUAAACAUUAUCCAGCUAUCAAUGCGAUUAACCAAUAUUAGAUACAAUGUUUACCUAAAAGUGAGACUUGACUAAACAUUUGUUUGGAAGCUGCUGUUUUUAGUGCAAAUUUUUUUUUUUUUUUUAAAAGCUCGGCAUUAUUAGAUAUAAUUUCAUUCUGGGAAACAAAUCCUUUGUAUAAUUGUUCUCCAUUACAUGAUGCAAACAAACGUACACUUGACGUUACAUUGUGAUAUAUCGCCUCUUUAUAAUUAUGACUUUCAUUGUUUUGAUUAACACAUAAGUAAAUAUGUCAUAAACAUUUUUACAGACUCUAUCUAAUCUAAGUAUGGCUGUCAGAUUUGCUGGCCACUGUAAUUAGCUGACCUUUAUCCAGUGCAAGAGAAAACGGAUUCUGUGCUGAUAGCCAGGAACUGACAACAGUAACUCCCUAAUAAAACCUCCCCCCCCCCCCCACAAAAAAAAAAAAAAGUUUUAGCAAAGAGAAGAAUAAACUGUUCUCAGAGAAUCUCUGCUAAAACACUUAGGUCUACUCCACUGGAGAUUUAUGUGCUGCCAUUGAAGAGACUUAUGAAGAUGGAUUUUCUAGGCAAAGGCCCCACAUAAAUCUCAUAUUUACAUGUACAAUAGCUCAAUUGUUUUCUUUACCAAAGUAAACAUUGCACUUUACAGUAAAAACACAAACAGACUUCUUAACUGCCAUGAGAAAAUGUUAUUUGUGUAUUUUGUCUCCAUUUGGGCAUUUUCUUAUUUCCAUCUGUUUCAAAAUAUAAUGGUUUAGUGCAAAAAAAAAAGUUAUGACAGACUUUUACACACAUACUGCACAGUGUGAGAGUGGUCUGAAAACAAUCCUGUCACAGCGUUUACAACCCUGUGUGUUACAAGUGAUGUGUGCAGAAGCUUAGCUUGCUGGCUAUUUUAUUAAAAGGUAGCAGUGUUACCUGUGCAACAAAUAAUCACAUGGCUGACAGCUAUUUAUAUCAUGUAGCAUGUAGAUAUUAACCACGGAGGUGCCAGCAAGGCCGGCUCAAGAUAUUGUGCUGCCUGUGUCCGAGAAUGUAAUUACGCCCCCUCCCCAGUAGUAACAUUACUGAAUAGCAAAUCAACCUACUAGGCAUGGACGUUGACUUUACUAAGCCUGCCUGUUUAUCUGCAUGCAACUGAUGCUAAUGCAAAAUUACAAAGUAAGUGGUCAGGAAGUUAGGUAAGGGAUGCACUUGUCCCACUUUAAAUGUUGCCUCUGAUCAGUACUGUGUCUUUGUGCAUGAUGAGGUUAUGCUGCUGGGAGCCUGUUACUUCCCCCAUGGAGACAGAGGACAGGAUUGGUCUUGAUCUGACAGUGACUGACUCAGUCACUGAUGUGCUGCCCCUUAUCAAGUGCUGCCUGGGUCCAUUGGACCAACUUGGUCCUAUGGUUGAGCCUGCCCUGGGUGCCAGAUAUAUUUAUUGCUAGCAGGUUACCUAGAUGGUGUAAUGUAGUUUUUCUACUGAUUUGCAGUCACUGUGUGCAGUAGACGGAGUCUUACAGUAACACAUUCUGGUAAACAUGCGUCUAAAACUAGCAAGCUAUAAAAAGUCUAAUAAUGGCUGUACGCAAGUAUAGUUGUUACGUUACAGCAUUCCCUCACAUACAUUGCAUUACAAUUAUUUUAUUCACACUGUUAAGCUGUUGUUUUUCAUCCAGUUACAGGGAGGAUUUGUCUUUAAUUGCCGUUUUAUGAUGUACUCCUGUGGCGCACAAUGCUUAAAUGGGAUCAAUCAGAACAUUUAUUUUCAAGAAGAAUAUAUGAUACUGGGGGAGGGACCUCGGAUUUAAAGGGAUAUAAAACCAAAGCAUUUUCUGUCAUGCAAAUAAAAGUGCAGCAAGUAAAACAUUUUUUUGUUUUGUUUUUGCAUGAAAAUUGAUUAAGUUACAGGGACAUGAAACCCAUUUUUUUAUUUCAUUAUUCAGAUUUAGAAAACAUUUUUACAAUUUACUUCUGCUAUCAGUUUUCUUUUAUUCUCUUGGUAUAAUUUGAAGGAGCAGCAAUUAAUUGCUGGGAGCUAGCUUAACACAUUGGUAAACCAAUGACAAGCUGCUAAUAUAUGCAGCCACUAAUCAGCAGCUAGUUCCCAGCUACUGAGCUUACCUAGCCAUACUAUUUUACAAAGGAUACCAAGAAAACAAAGUGAAUUAGAUAAUAGAAGUAAAUUGAAAAGUUGUUUAAAAUUGUGUGUUCUGUCUGAAUCAUGAAAGAAAAAUUUAUGGUUUCAUGUCGCUUUAAAGCAGUUUAAGUUGAUAAUGAAAUUAACACAGAGUACAUGGUCAUGCACAACUAAUUGCAAGACAGUAGUUACAAGCUACAUGAAAACAAAGUUGUCCAAUUCAAAUAGGAAUAUCUCAUUUUAAAACUAUAUAGUUAUGUUUAACCUUUUUUAAAUUUGUCAUAUGAAAUACAACACUCAUGUCUCUUUAACCCUUUCACUGCUAAGCCUUCCCCCCCCCCCUCCAGUGCUGAGCCAAUAUUUAGCUUUUUUUGCUACCAACAUUAAACCCUAUUGUAAGUCAAAUUUUAGUGAGUGACCCACACAAAUUAUAUAUUGUUUUUUUCAGCAGGUCCAGCAUAUUCACAAUAUACCAUUAUUACAUUUAUAAUUAAUGGCAUAUGUGUUAGCUGCUGAAUAUGGCCAAGUGACCAGUGCUGUUACUUUGAUCACCUUCCUAAUUUGUCAUCUGAAUAUACAGACAAAAUUCAUAUAUUUUUUGAGAGAGUGACUUGUCUACUAGAACAUUAACUUUAUCAGAUAAUGACCCAUUCCAAAGUAAAUCCCCAUGUGUUUUUCUACUUUAUUUUUAAAAGACCACCAUCAAAGAGCAAGCGAUUCUAUAUCAAAUGAGAGGUCUUGGAGAUUUGUAGCUGCUAUGGGAGCUAAGAUCUAGGGGUUUGAAUAAUCUCCCUCAUCUAACUACCUUGCAGCUACACUGAGCCUCCUGGUUCAUCACAUGCAUAUGUGGUGACAUCACAGGCACUCCCAUGAAGCCUGGGAGUUCCUUCUACUAGGCCGCUAACGAUCCCCGGCCUGUAGUGCGGAGGAUCACCGAAAACUGCGUUGAUCAGUGAUCUUCCUGCAUCACGAAAAGGGCUCAUCAUGCACACACACUCCGCGAUGUGCAUGGUGACUAUAGUUCGUCAUGCGCAUAGAAGGGGCUAAAAUGAAUAGCAAAUAUAUAAAUAAAACACACAUGCACACACACUUUAUACUACUAUUCUGUAUAUUAUAUCAUAUAACAUAGUGUUUCUUAUUCCAUGUUUAUUUGGUUGCAUCUUAAUCUCAUACAGAUUUGCAAACUAAUAUGUUUGUAUUAUUUUGUAGGUGCUAGAGGAAGUUAGCAUGUAUGUCAUAAUAAUUUAGUGCUCAGUUAUGAUAUCUCAUGAAAGGAGUUUUAGGGACUAGUAUGCACCUAGCUUAGCAUUCAAAUAUUUUAUAUAUAUAUAUAUAAUUCAGCAGAAAACUGCUAUUAAAGUUUAAGGUUGUUGUCUUUUAUUAUUAUUAUUAUUAUUACUAUUGUUUGAUUUAAAUUUUUAAUAAAAUACAACCUAUCUCUUC